AUGCAAGUUGAUCACACAGCGCGAGUUCCCAAGGCGGUCGCCCAGGGGAGAAUUCGAAAAGCCCAAAGGCGUCGCAGGGUUGUUCAGGCCGGUCAGCGACCCGGCUCGAAAGCUGUUGUUGUUUCCGUGAGCAACCUGGCCCCGUCGGUGACUUCUCAAGAUAUUGCCGACCUUUUUAACUCGGUUGGUCCAACUAUUACCGCGUUCAUUCGCCAUGAUCGUGAGGGUAAGAGCAAGGGCGUCGCAACUGUCAAGUACGCGGAUAUGGAAACAGCAGAGCGCGCGGUGAAACAGUUUCACUCGCUGACGCUGGACGGGCAGCCGCUUGUGGUGCAGAUCGAAAGCUCGGGUGCCGCGGCUGCGCUGAAUACGUCCGGGGCGCACCCUCAAACGCAGAGGUCGGCUGUUCCACCGUCUAUGACACCCAAACGGAAGCUUCGGCUCAAGGAACGGGGCGCGCGCCUUCCGCCGGUGCCAAAACCUACUGCUGAGGCGGUUGGCGGACUGCGCAUUGUCGCCGGCAAGGGCGGUGUGCGGGACGUUGUUCGUGUGCUCGAGAGCACCCAAACGAUGGAGCGUCGCAGAGCACGGCGUCGACGCAGACUUCGAAUGCAGGCAGCUGGCGAUGGUCAGCAAAUGGAGACUGAGUCGACAGCGACCCCGGGUUUCGAGUCCGAGAAACACGAUUCAACUGCGAAACGCACCACGAAGGCACGUGGGCGUCGUCGAAUGCGGCGACCAACGCGCCCUCGUGGACAGGAAGCUCCAUCAAAGAGUGCUGAGGAACUCGACCGGGAACUUGAAGAAUACCGAAUGGCAGAUAAUUAA